AUGUGCGUAAAAUUAUCCGACUCCAAGCAGCGUUCGGUGACGACUGGUAGUGUGGCAGUUACUCGUUCUUGUGACAGAGAUGAUCUCGAUAUGGAUAUCAAUUUAACUCCGUCCUCUGAAAUCCAGCCGAACGAGGCAACCUUAGCAACCCACGGAUGUAGCAGCUUCAAUAUGCAAAAAACGACACAGGUCGGACAAACAGAAAAUUCAUCUGUCAACAAAUGGAAGACACCGAGUGAAACGAGCAUAUCAUCCGCCGGCAGCCGUUUAAUCGAGAGAGAUGCUGAAAUUAGGCUUUCAAAGCUGAUUGGAAUCAAACAUAUGCUAGAUCUUGUCAAGCCUUUGCAUGAUGCGCUUCGAGGUAGCUCUUCCGUCUUGCUCAAAACCUACAAAGAGAUACUUUCGAAUAACGGAUACAAUGACUUGCUAGAGAAGCUUACAAGUGUUCUGCGUAAAGAUGUCUGCAUCAGUAAGGGCGUUCUGCAGAUGCGAGUGCAGAAAUGUUUUGCAAUUAAAACUGGAGCCAAUGUUCUGCUGGAUCUCACUCGCAGAACUUAUGCGGAACAAAUCGAAGACAUCUCCCGUUUGGUGAACAGUCUGGGAAAAGAAUACAAGCUCCCUCUUCGGGUCGCUUACAACAAAGCCCGUGGAUUCUUCAUCCAAGUUACUGACAACUCUGUUGAACUGCCAAAGAAGGAUCAUCGUACAUCCACACUUAAAAACUACUAUGGCAGUGAACGUGAGGACCCGGACCUCGAUUACAGCAAUAGUGAGGUUGUGUCCGGUUUAAUGGGUCAGGAUUCGCAGAAUUCCUAUGAUUCUACUUCACUUCGAUCAACACGUAAAAGCGUCUUACCGGAAGUAUUUAUAAAGGUUCAGAAGUCCCGGGGCAUUAUCAACUGCACUACAAGUGAACUGGUGAGGAAAAUAAGUACACUGUCUUUUGUUGAUAAAUUCAAAUUUUGCUGUUUACCUAUCUCUAAUUUCAAGAUGAACUUACUGAAUCCAUUUCCUAAAUAA